AUGGCCGUGGCGAGCAUGCCGGCGAGCCGCAGGGGAGCUGAGCGCGUCGGCGCUUCUAUAUCUGCUAAUUUGAAGAAGACAGAUGUUGUAUCAGAACCAAUUUCUCCUCACUCGCCUGUUUGUAAUGAAAGCAAUGAAAUCAAGUGUCAGUCCAGCUCGUUCCGUGAAGGAAAAAAGAAACAAGGAAAUAUAGUACCUGCUUCAUUGCCACCAAUGGCAGGAUUUUCACAACUAAGUGUUCCUUCACUUGCUCAAACCAAGGCCUCUCCCACAGGGCCAGCUUUGGGAAUGCGGUCACUUGCCCCUCAAUCCCUGAAGGAAGUGAUAGCUGCUAAAAGUAUUGAGGAAGCCAGAAACACUGUAUCUAUUCGGAAGACCAAAAACGGUGAUGAUAAUGUUGAACUGCAUUAUAAUGUGGCUGCUGGAUGUGGAAGGCUUUCAGAAAGAGAUACAGUGAAUAGUGUUGACCCCAUGACGACACGAAAGGACAUAGGAGGUUCACAACAUGCUGUGUCACAACAUGGUCGUGGAUUAGCAAUGGAUUCAGAAUCCUUUGCAAUGCAGCAUCUUCUUCCAUUUCGGAGGACCUCCCCGGUAUGGGCGAGGAUUGAGGCGAUGGAAAUAUCCAACGAAAUGCCACAGCGACCAAAUCUGAAUGAGUUCCAGCAGCAUGGUCCCGAGGUCCGUGAAGGAAUGACAUUGGGUCUGAUGCUAUCCUUCGCUACUUUGGCCAAAAGCAUAUACAGGCUAGAUGUUCAUCAGGAUGACAUUGGAGGAGUGUUCAAAGAGAAGAAUCAGGCACUCUCUUUGUUGGAGGAGAACGGCUUCGAUGUCAGGGCCCCCGUAUCACGUCUGGAAGCUCUGCUCCGCACAUGA